GAUUUGUGCAUCCAUUUGUGCAACCAAGUGCAUUAUCCUGUUCAGGACUCGAGUAGGAUUUAUUUUGUGGAGUUUCUCCGGUCUUUGGCGUUUUGUGAUAAGACAGUUUAAGUGUUUAUUUAAUUCAUCAAAAUGAAAAUUAUUCUGUUGACUACUCUGGUGGCGGCGUGCUCUUGUGCCCGAUUGGAAAAUAAUUACCUUCCACCUCCGGGAGCUGCUUCAUCCGGUGGCGGACCUGGUUUGACGGCCCCUGCUGCUCCGUCCGGAUUCGGAGCUCGGCCUGGUGCCGGUCAUGGCGGAGCAGGUCCUUCUGCGGGAGGAUUUGGUGGUCGGCCAUCUGCCGGAGUAGGAGCCCCAGCUCGUCCAGCUGCAGCAUACGGUCCACCAUCGGCGGGAGGAUUUGGAGGCAGUGGUCCAUCAUCAUUCGGUGGUGGUUCUCAAGCCGGAGGAUUCGGAGGUGGUGCCCCGGCUGGCCCAUCCGCUCCAGCUGGUCCACCAAUAGAGAUCAUCUCCUACGAAAAUGUUAACAACGGUGAUGGCAGCUACAAAUUCAGCUACGAAACCGGCAAUGGAAUCAAAGCCGAGGAACAAGGUGACCUGAAGAACCGUGGCUCGGAGAACGAAAUCCAAUCGGUUCAGGGAUCUUUCUCGUACACCUCGCCCGAAGGUCAACUUAUUACCCUCACCUACGUCGCUGACGAAAAUGGCUUCCAGCCCCAGGGAGAUCAUUUGCCCACCCCAGUGCCAAUUCCGGAAGAGGUCCUGAAGGCUCAAGAAGCUCACGCCGCUGCCCAUGCUAGUGCUGUCGCCGCUGGACUCGGAGCUGGUUCUGGUGGUCAUGGAGGAAGUGGUCCAAGUGGUGCCGGAGGACCAAGUGGCUACCCAGGAUCGGGACCUAGCAGCCCGGGAGCAGGAUACCCAUCGGCCGGAGGACCACUCUCAAAUGCCCGCCCCAGCAGUGGACGACCUUCCGGUAGCGGUUCGUUUAGCCCCCAGUCCGGAUAUAAAUACUAGUGUGAAAUUAUUAGCCCUUAAAAAUAACAAAUCAGUUUAAGAGUCACGAGGAGCCGAGGAGCGAGGAAAUCGUGCAGCUUGAACCUGUACAUAGCGAUGAAAUAUAGAGCAAUGCCCGAUUCGAUGUUAAUAAAAAGCAAACUGGUGUGAAAACAGACAAGCGAA